CUUCGCGCGGUUGAAUUUAAACCUGAUCGACAGUUGAUCGAAAACUUCGAGAUAAGUGGUCACGUGAGAAAUUAAAAUUCGAGAUUCAAAAUGGCGCGAAAACAGUAAUUCUUCGGUAACAGCGGUUGGCUGCGUGCACAUGCAAUAUUUAUCGUGUGUGCGACAUGAAACCGGCGAUAAUAUCGUGAUGAAUUGUAUGAGCAACGCAAGUAACAGAUAUUCACAAGAAGGUUUGACACGACAGUUAUAGGAAAAAAGACGAAACAGAAAACGUUUUCUUCGCGGAUAUACCUUUAACCAUUCCGACAGUCUUUAUGGAAGGAAGUCUCGAGGACAAUUUGCUGGACGACGGCGACGAUGACGAGGAACUAUCGGCGCAGACGGCGCUCCAGAAUAUCGAGAACGCCUGGCUGAAUGAACGAUUCGCGCCUGAGAUCCUGCCGCACAAGUCCGAUCUUGUGGACUGCAUGCUGCAGCAGAUUACGCACAUGGAGGCGAACAUUAGGAGGUUAGACAGGAACGAUCUGCGGGCGCUGGUCCACCGAAUGGAGCUUGACCGGAUCAGAUACGUGAUCAGCAGCUACCUGCGCGCGCGACUGGAGAAGAUCGAGCGGUACACGCUCCACAUCCUAUCGGAGGAGGACAAUCGAAGUCCGGAGGAGAGUUACCUGACGCCAGGCGAACUUCGCUUCGCCAGGGAGUACCGGGAUAAUCUGGAGGCGCUCUUCAAGACGGUCGCGUUGGACCACAUGCCGCCCAACUUUCGUGAAUUUGAGAAAAACAAGUUGACCGUUAAGCCCAACCUACAGGCACACGUGUUUCUUCGGGCGAAUCGAAGGGUCACUGGUAUAGUUCUACCUGGUGUGCUGAACGAGGAAAUCGAUUUCGAACAGGAUUCACAGCACAUUAUUCAGUACAGUGCUGUAGCACAAUUGGUUAAGUCUGGUGUGGUGCAGUUGAUUUGAUAUUCUUAGGUUGAGAGGAAAAAGUUGUAAUAUAUCUCUUUUCAGUAUAUAUUUUUGUUUGUGCAUAAUAUUUUAUAUAAUCAUAAUAUAAUUUAAAUUUUGAUUAAUGAAAUUGACUUAAAAGAAACCAUUAAUUAUUUGUCGACUAUCAAUUUGAGUAUUAAAAAUAAUUUAUAACAUAUUACUAUCUCAUUCCCUGUUUAAAAGUUUAUGUAGUUGAUAUUAUGAUAUUAGACUGUCUUUUUCACUGCACUGUUACACUGUGACAAUAAGUUAGUAUGAGACGAAUAUAUAUGUGUCUCAGAGAAAUGAAAUUUAUUAACAGCUACUUAACUAUUUAUACCGAUUAACUGUGCUGCAGUUGAUGUUUCUUAAAAAAAAAAAUAGUAAUAAUUUUUUAAUGGUAUUUUCAAAUAAUUAAGAAAAUAUCUGAGUAUUGAGAAUUCUUUCUUUCAUAAAAUGCUGUUUAAAAUAAAGGGUUGAUUAGAAUUAAGCAAACACAAGUAUUAAAUAUAUUUUUACUUAAAUUUC